AUGACUAUGUCCGACUUACAAGACAAAUUUAGUAAGCUUUCUACUGAUGAAUCAGAUUCGCCUCAAUAUGGUAGCGCCGCUAAGGAUGCGAAAACCGCCGACGCAGUUGACAAGCAUCAAAAGAUUUCGAGAAAGACAAUUCUAGAGCAAUCUGACUCUGACUCUGAGGAUGAUACUUCGGAUGACGGAAAAUCUCUCCGUACUGGAUCGAAAAGAGUUAAAAAGAAAGAGUUUAACUCGGACCAUAAUCCUCUUGAUGAAUGGCUGCAAGUGGCCAAAACUAGUUCAAGAAAAAGGUCUAGUGCAUCAGAAAUGGAUGAUGAAGAUCUCACUUUUUAUCCAGUUAGAAAAGUCGCUGGUUUCAUGCCAUUUAUUACGAAAGUAUUAAACUUAUUGACCAGGGUGGGAUUAAAGGACAUUAUUCCAGACCGGACAGGAAGAACAAGAAGGGAGCCUACUUUGGGCCAGAAAAGGGCCAUUGUACAAUUGAUGGAAACAUACAUCGAUUUUGAAGCAUAUCCUGAAAUGAUUUGCCCUCCACAUGACAAUAAGAGCACUUAUAAAGCAUUUCGUAAGGCUGCAAUGAGGGUCACUACAGAUGAUUCCAAGCCAUCCAUGAACUCAAAAUGGAAAGAGUUAAAGCUUGACAAGUACACAGAUCCCUUUUUAUACGUUGAAGAGGUCAAGGAACUAAUUGAGGAAUCACUCGAGUCUGGAUACUUUGACGAAAAAGAAGACGCAGUACCAAAACUUAUGGCAAGCUUCAGACCCGGCAUUCCUUUUGACAGUGCACGUUUCAUUACCUGCGAUGUAGACGAAGUUCUAAAAGGCAUUUACAACUAUGGAGUUAAUUAUGGAAAAAUGGGACGUGUCACUUGGGACAGAGUUGAUCCAAUGGAAAGUAAAUCCAGCACCCUAAGAUGCUACAAAUGCAAUGAAAAAGGACAUACUGCAAAUAGAUGUCCAGAAGACGAAGUCAAGACCAAUAAAAAAUACGGAUCCUAUCAAAAGGACAAGACCAAGAAACGUCUUAGGCAAAUUGUCAACAGAGAAAGUAACGAAGAGUUACAAUAAAUCAAAAGAAUCACAACGUGUGCUAAUAGACAGUGGUGCAUGUUUUUCAAUUUUUUGUAACCGAGAUUUUUUUACUCUUUACGCCCGAUCGACUCGAACGAUGAGAUGUUCGACGCACAAGAUCGAAAGAUUGAACUCAAGGGCAAAGGAAUUGUGGAGCUAGAUUUAGGUAGGGUGGUAAGACUAGAAGCAUACCUAUCUGAUAGAUUUUUGCAACGUUAUAUCCACAAUACAACUUGAGGAAUUUGAAAUUUAUCCUGAUUUCCAAACACGCCAUUUACGGGAUCAGGAUGGAAAUAAGAUGGCGAAAUUAAUAAGAGAACAGCGUGUCAACUGGCUACCCUCUGAUUUGAUAAUAAGAGGGGAAAGUCAGAAAUAUGCAAAACGUUUGAGUGCAGUACAUGGUAGGCGAGGUAAAAUCACACUAGAGCAACUUCAUGCCUCAUUAAGCCACAUUAAUCCAAGGUACAUCAAGGACUCUGUGAAGUCCGGCUUGAUACAAGAUGUGUCGAUGAAUGACGUGGACUGGCGACUAAUGGAAGAAUUUGAAUGUGUAACUUGCCUACAAGGCAAAGGAAAACGGAACAACCAUGUGCCUAAUUCACGCGAAACCUAUAAAGGGCAAAUAUAAUGAGUUAGAGUUCAUACACACAGACGUAUUCGGACCGAUGCAUAAGAUGCCUCCCGGAACUCCGAAAUACUUUAUUUCUUUCACAGAUGAACGAACCAGAUACAGAUGGGUAUUUCCACUCCAACAUAAGGACGAGGAUACCGUAUUGGACUGUAUUGAGAACCUAGUCUCCCACAUUAAGAGACAACACAACAUCAAAGUCAAGGCUUUCCAAAUGGACAGAGGCAGCGAAUAUACAAAUCAGUCAGUUAGAGACUACUUUGCCAAAAGUGGCAUUGACACAUAUUAUACUACUACGGCAGAUUCAGCAUCCCACGGGGUUGCAGAAAGGUUAAAUCUGACACUACUAAAUGACUGUCGAACACUUCUAUCCAGUUCAGGAAUGCCAAGACACUUGUGGUUCCAUGCAAUCAAAACUGCUUGUCACCAUCGUAACUCAUUAUACAACCCACGAAUUGGCACAUCGUCUAGAAACAUGGUAGGAUUAGCUCCGAUUAGAGCAUCCAAAUUACCACCGUUUGGUCAACCAUGUAUGGUACAUGACCCUGCUGCACUGAAGAAGAAACUUAACGUACGCAGCAUUCCCGGAUUCAUACUCAGAAAGUCCGAAACCUCAUUUGGCUGUCUAGUCUACAUACCUAGUGCGCAUAGGGUGGUAGACACAAGAAAUUAUUAUAUUGUUGACGACGAUAAUACGACAGCAACAAACGAUAUAGAGGCAACAGAGAUUUACUAUUCUGAGGACAAUGCAGAAACCGACCAAAGUGAGGUCGAAGAAGUCGAUGAUGUCGAAGAGAGUAACGACACCGACGAAGAUACUAAUAUGAGCGAAGAUAAUACCAUCUCCGAUCCGGAAAACGCCGAUAGCGAGAGCUCCGAUACUGCAGACGAAAUUAGUGAUCAUGAAGAUUCACACCAUAAAGAAAACUCCUUAGGCAGCUCAGAUUAUGAGGAUCAGUUUGUUCCACCUCCUUCAGAGCACAAUAGCCUAGCUGACCAACCUGAACCUAGUGUUCAAAACAUGAACACGAAUCGUAAUUCUUCCAAGGGUGGUACAGAACGUACCCAACCCACCAUCAUAGUACAGGAAAUGGGACCUUCUCGUUUUCCUCCUGAGGGUGGUAGUGAUAAUCCUCCGGAUAAGUUGAGAGAAAUACCGACGGUAGGACAAGAUCAGGAAGCAGAUAGUGAAUCAAGCAUAACAAUUUCUGGUCAGGAAGAAAACGGAGAAGUUGAAACAGAUACAAAGUCAGAUGAUGAAGAAAUCAUAACAAAUGAAGAGAUGUUUGCAGAGCUAACUAGAAAACCCUUACCAAAAGGAAGUAGGAAAAGGAAAAAGCUCGAAACGGAUGAAGAGCUAACGUCAACAACGAAAAAGAAGAGAGUGUAUUAUCUCAGGGCCAUGAGAUAUAAACUACAGCCUGCAAACACAACAGAUAGAUCGCUUCAGUAUAAAGAAGCGAUCACUAAGAAUACCAACACUAAAGAAAAGAAUGAAUACAAGGCAGCCUAUGACAGAGAGAUUGAUCAACUCGAAAGGCAAAGAACGUGGGAUUUGAGCAACCCAAUAGACGAAAGUAUGGUACCAAAAGAUAAGAUAGUAAGCUCAAUGUUUAUCUUCACCACAAAGAGAGAUGGUAGAAGAAAGUGUAGAUGUGUUGCAAGAGGAGACCAGCAGAAGCCGGAUACGUACGACCCGGAUGCCGAAACUUAUACGGUUGCACACGAGGCACUAAUGACGUGGUUGGCCAUCUCAUUGGAACAGGGAUGGACCAUAAGACAAUUAGAUAUAACGUCUGCCUACUUAUACGCUCCAUUAAAGGAAGAGCUGUAUAUUAAAACACCACCGCACUAUGGACUGAGGAAUAAAGUAUUCCAAUUGAAGAAGUCACUAUAUGGUUUGAAACAGUCAGGCUCCAACUGGUAUGAGGUGAUCAAAGGAUAUCUGACCUCCACCUGCAAAUUGAUUGAAGUACCCAUGUGGCCAUGCGUCCUAGUGAGAAGGGUAGGAAAAGAUACACUGGUGGUAAAUUUGUUCGUCGAUGACAUGAUAGUCAUGUCAAGCAAUGACGAACUUUAUGAAGAGUUAUUAACCCAUCUCCAGAGUAGUUUCGAGACUAAAGUCGUAGCGGAUGGAUAUCCCGAUAGAAAUGGAUUUGCCAGCUACGACAUUUUAGGGAUGGAGAUUGAAUAUAAGGUAAAUGAUAGAAUGCUAUUGGGAAUGGAAAAAACAAUAGUGGAUAAGUUACCAAAAGUUAGGAAUACCCUUGCAUGGUAAGAAAGAAAGAUUCGGUACCUGGACAACCAGGACAGAUAUUGGACGUGUCAGAAUAAGGAGUUACUACGUGUCAAAGGAAGAAUUUGACAGGAAGGUAAAACAUUUACAAAAGAUUGUAGGAUUAUUAUCCUAUAUCACACAGAAAUGCAGGUUUGAGAUGUCAUACUACGUGAAUAUAUUAGCACGACACACACUGUUUCCCUGUGAGGAAGUUUUUGACCUAGCAUCUCAGUGCAUACAAUAUCUGUGGACAAACAAACACAAAAAGCUGACUUGGACUAAGUCAAGUAGCGCGAAAACUAUUAGAAUGGAAGCAAUAACUGAUGCUUCGCAUGGGUCUCAAAAAGAAUUUAUGUCGCAACUUGGUUACUUUUACAAGGUGAAUGGAAAUUAUGUGUUCGCUAGAUCAGCCAAAUCCACAAGCAUAUGUGUAUCUUCGACUGAGGCAGAAUUACAUGCAUUUUUUAAUUCGGUUCCUUUGCUCCGGAGCAUACAGCGAAUGGUUGAUAGGCUGGAUCUCGAAACUUGUGUAAAGAUUUUCACAGAUAGCCAAACGUUGAUUGCAUUGAUAACAAAGACAAAUGUUGUCAAGUUCAGAAAUAGAUUUUUCGGUAGCAAAGCGUAUCGACUAAGAGAAUGCUAUGAAGGUUCGAAAUUCCAAGUGGAAUAUAUCAGAACCAACGAAAAUACUGCGGAUAUACUAACCAAACCAUUGGCCGUUAAAAUCUUCCAGAAACAUAUUGAAAAUUGGAUGAUAUGA